AUGGGGACAUAUAACAGCACAUACCAGUUCAUCAUCCAGCCUGUUCCAAGUCGAGAAUAUUGGGAGCAUGUUGACCUACCACCUGUACUGCCACCAGUAUAUAAGAAACAAAUUGGGAGGCCAAAGUCGAAAAAGGACAAAAAAAACGACGCCCCAAAGGAACCCACCCCAGAUCCACAUAGGCCCCCCAGAAAGUAUGGCCCCAUCACUUGCAAGUAUUGCCUAAAGACUGGACAUAACAGUUGCAGCUGUUCCAAGAAGAAGGAGGCAAUGGCAGGGAGUGCUGGGGAACAAAGUGCAAGUCAACACCCACCUGCUGCGGAUGACGAAGUGGAGGCGGCAAGACUAGAGGAGAUGUUCUGGGAGGAAACUCUUGAAGCUGUUGAAGUAGCUAAAGCAGCAGCAACUCAGCCCCCGCCUGAGAGCACCCCAGUUCGUCAACCCAUUCCUAAUCCAGCCAUGUCUCCUUUAAUUAGGCCACCCACCACAAUAAGGCCACCAAAGAAGAAGAAGAAUGUGAGGAGACCACCACCAACUAGUCAGCAACCACGACCUCCUCAGCCUACCCUAAAUCCAACAACACCAACUACUUCUAGUCCAUCACCGCUAGCCACUGAUGUGCCACCCACUGUGACUCCUCAAACUAUGCAAGCUGCCUCCCAGGGUACUACUUCAAGGUUCUUGGAAUUCAUGCCAACUCCCACAGUUAGAGUAUCAACCUCAAGGAGAUGGCCGCAGCCAGCCUUCCGUCCACCAGCCAAAAAGGGGUCAACAACUGCACACUUGAAAGAGGGGUCAAGCGGAAGCAGCAACUCCACUCCAAUUCCAUGA